CCGCUGAAGGUUUUGUUCCUGCCUCGUGCAGAGGUUUGAUUUGCGGCGUCCUGCUCAGCGGACAGGAUCGGGAACACGGCAGGAUCACAGGACCUCCAGAGUAAAGAGACUGUUUCCUGUGCAGUCAUGUGACUGACCUGGCUCUUUCAUUUUAAGGUGGGAUCUCCCCUUCGCAUGCUGACUAGCCCUGGAUGCCCCAUUCUCGCCAUGAGAGGUCUCACCACCCUGCCCUCAUACUGGCGCUGCCACUGUGCCGCAUGAGCGCCCCCUUCCCCUCCGGCAGUUACUGCACGGAAUGGCCUCUCUGGACCUGCCAUACCGCUGUCCUCGCUGCGGGGAGCACAAGCGCUUCCGAAGCCUUUCAUCCUUACGAGCCCACUUGGAAUACAACCACACAUAUGAAACCCUUUAUGUCCUCUCCAAAUCCAACAGUGUAUGUGACGCUGCUGCUCUGCUGCCCCUAGUGGCUGAGGGAGCUCUCCUCACACCUGCCAACAACAACGACCCUUUCGAACCGCUUCGGCCUUCAGCUCUAAAGGAGCGGCACUUUCCCUGCAGGGAGCUUCCCUGCGCAGACGACCUCAGCCUGACGCCUGCUAACUCCAACUCUGCAGCCAGGUACAUUCCAAAUGUGGAGUUCCCCCUGGGGGAGAUCUUUAUGAAGAAAGCAAUGACAUCCACAGACCCGGGUACCCAUGGAAACCCCAGCACAGCUGUGGCUGUGGCUGCAAAUGUGGCAGCUAGUGCCGUAGAGGCAGCUUAUGAGGAGGGCCUGGCCAGGCUAAAGGCGCGGGCGUUUGAGCGGCUGGAACUGGACGAGAGGCUCGAGAAGCUAUCAGAGGAGGUGGAGCAGAAAAUAGCGGCCCGUGUAGGCCGUCUUCAAGCAGAGCUGGAGAGGAAGAGCUCUGAGCUGGAGCGGGCCAAGCAGGAGAGCGAGCGGCUGAGCCAGGAGAAACAGGACCUGGAGGACAAGGCCUCCGAGCUGUCUCGGCAGGUGGAUGUCUCUGUGGAAAUGCUGGCCAACCUCAAACAGGACCUGGUAAACAAAGAGGCGGAGCUAAACCACAAACAGCAGGAGGUUGCACAGAUUGACCAGUUCCUUCAGGAGACGGCAGCAAGGGAAGCCAACGCCAAGGUGCGUCUGCAGCAGUUCAUCGAGGAGCUUCUGGACCGCGCCGACCGUGCAGAGAAACAGCUGCAGAUCAUCAGCAGCUGCGGCACCACGCCCAACGGCAGCCUGGGACGCUGCAGCCUGCAGGCCUCCAAGGGCACUGGGCGCCAGAGAAAUUCCAGCCUCUCCGGGAGCACGAGGGGAAUGUACCAAGUCUCAGAGAGACACUCCUCUCCCAGCACAGGAGCAUCAGGAAGGAUAAAGACUGUCUCUCAGGGUUCUGGAGGUUAUGGCAGUGAUAGCAUCGAGAUGCAUCCCAUGGAGGAUUGUCCUGAGACGCAGUACUAUCACAUGCAGUGCCAGAUGGGCGAGGGUGGCUACGAGCGCUCCCCUGGAUGUGGACCUAGAAAUUGGGGACUUCGCAAACAGGCCAUUCAAAACUGGCAGCGACGACCAUACAGGAACAGCACUGAAGGCGAGGAGGGGGACGUUUCAGACGUUGGUUCCCGGACUACAGAGUCUGAAGUGGAGAUGUGGGAGCAAGAGAGGAGAGCUGUGGCUGAGGUUCAGCAGUCUGCAGUACCUUAUUCUCACCACAGCAGGGCAGCGUAUCGCCCCAACACAGGUCGGUCUGAAGUGGUCUACAGCAAGCCAUGCCGUCAUGAAAAGAGCCCUUCAAAAUCCAACGAGGUGAUCAGUCCGGAGAUCCUGAAGAUGCGCGCAGCCCUUUUCUGCAUCUUCACCUACCUGGACACGAAAACCCUCCUGAGAACUGCCGAGGUCUGCCGCAACUGGAGGUUUGUGGCUCGUCACCCAGCUGUGUGGACCAGAGUGCUGCUGGAAAAUGCCCGUAUUUCUUCCAAGUUUCUGACCACAUUGUCUCAGUGGUGCACUCAGACGCACUCUCUCAUUCUGCAAAACCUUAAACCAAGGCAGCGAGGCAAGAAGGAAUCCAAGGAGGACUACCUUAAAAGCACACGUGGCUGUCUCGAGGAAGGUUUGGAGGCGUUGUUAAAGGCCACAGGAAGUAACCUGCUGAUACUAAAGAUUUCACACUGUCCCAACCUGCUGACUGAUCGCUCCCUAUGGUUGGCCAGCUGCUACUGCCGCGCCCUCCAGGCCGUAACCUACAGGAGCGCCACAGACCCGGUUGGCCAGGAGGUCAUCUGGGCCCUCGGCGCUGGCUGUAGGGACAUUAUUUCACUGCAGGUGGCGCCACUACAUCCAUGUCAACAACCUGCACGUUUCAGUAACCGAUGUCUGCAGACCAUUGGAAGAUGCUGGCCACAUCUCCGUGCUCUAGGUGUGGGUGGAGCUGGAUGUGGGAUUCAGGGACUGGCCUCACUGGCGAGGAACUGCAUGCGUCUCCAGGUAUUGGAGUUGGACCAUGUCAGCGAAAUCAACCAGGAGGUGGCAGCAGAGGUUUGCAGAGAGGGUCUCAAGGGUCUGGAGAUGCUGGUUCUUUCAUCUACACCAGUCACACCUAAAGCCUUGCUUCACUUUAACAGUGUUUGCCGCAACCUUAAAUCCAUCGUUGUGCAGAUUGGUAUAGACGACUACUUUGAGGACCCCAACAGCCCAGAAGCCAGAAAGCUGUUUGAUGAAAUGGUGAACAAGCUGCAGGCUCUGAAGAAGAGACCAGGUUUCUCCAAAAUCCUCCAUGUGAAAGCAGACAGCCUCUGCUAACGUCCUUUAUGCAGGUUGCUUAAGGCAGCAACUACAGAUUGAGUUGAUCGGCUGAACACAGGUAGCUUGGGCCCACCUCCUGGGGGUAGAGUGCAUUUGGGGCACAAGAAACAAGAAAGUUUAAAUAGAUGAAUACAGAGCAAGGAUGACAAAGGAUAUUAAAACUAAAUACAAAUCUGAAACCAAACGGCAGCAGACUGGAUAAAAAUGGGCUAAAUGUUGGUGUGCCUCUGAUGAACAACCGGUUUAAACUUAAAGAAAUCCAACAUUAUUUAAACUCGCCUCUCAUGCACAUUCUCUCUAAAUGUGGAGUUUCUCAUCCAGCAAACCCAGGUCAGUAGUGGGGCCUGCAUUUACCCUUCUGCAUUAUGCUUGACACAGACUUGCUUCAAUACCAACUGCAGGCGAAAGAUAGGGAUCAUAUGCACUUUCCACAGACGUAUAUGUUUCUUCUUAGAGCAUUAUAACAGGGGCUUUAUGUUUGGGUGUGAUGUAAAUAAACAAAUGCUUUUCCCACUCUGCCCCAACCCCAAAAAACUAGCAAAAUCCACAUUUUUGAGCACUUACUACUUCCUGGCACUGUGAGGGGGGCCCUGCCCUGUAACACACAUUUACCAUGGUACCGUCAGAUUUUGCCGGCAGUAUUGCCCUCUACUUCCUUCUUUUAGCAAAUCCACUUCAACCAAUUUGGAUUCAGACUUGUUGAUCUCUGUUGUCACAAAUGGACCUGUUUUCACUGGAGAAUGGGAUGGAGUAUCCUAAGUCGCUGGUGCCAUUUGUUGCGACCUUCAUCUAUAUUCCAGUGAGUGUUUCCCUCUCUGCGGUGUGCCAAAUAGAAAAUGAAGAGGAAAGAGGCAAGUGACUACCAAAAGGCCUGAAUUUGCUACAAGCAGAAGUAGCUCAAACUGAAUAUAAAGUGUUGUGUUUGCUAUAAAACAAAUUACCCAGGUGUGUACAGGUGUUGAAGUGUUUGUUUUCAUACUGAACAGUGCCAUUUGCAUCACAGGGGCUAUUCUGUUUAGUUGGGUUCAUUAUCUGACCUGCUUCAACCCUCUUUUAAAGUUUACUUCCACCCAGUGGUGUAGAGAUCUCCUCAACCUGAGGAGAUCUGGGGCUUGUCUUUAGCUUCAGAUUAUGAUCUAAGGGAUCAGGUCUUUAAAUUAGGAAAUGUGUAUUGCAGAAAUAUAAAUGAGAUUAGCAGUACCCUUUGAGGGGAAGACACACUGUUCUGUUCAUCCUCUGGUUCUAGUUCCACUCUGCUUUGGUGGAAACAUAACCCUACUGGUCUGAUGGCUUUGUCUUGAUCUGGAAGUUUCUUGAUGUGUUUACCAGGCCUUAAAAAAGGAUUCAGUUUUUUUUUUUUUUUCUUUUGACAGAAUGUAACCCCCUACUUUGGACCAAAAAUGGUUUGUAUUUUGGUGCACAGAGUUUUCAUUCUCUAACUUUAGUGAAGUGCAAUAUUUCAUUAUUCACCUUGACUAAAAAUGCACAAAAUCUGAUAGGACUAUGCUGACAUCAGUCUAAAGGCAGAAUAUGGCAGUCCUUCCUUUUUUUUUGCAGCAUGUUGCUUAGAGGGUUCCUACACAGUCCUCACAAGUAUAGAAUUUGCAGCUGACAGUCUUGAAUUGUAUGGGGAAAAAAGGCUCCAAAUGUGUAAAAAUAUUUGCUUUAUCAUAAUUAAUUUAAAAAAUGGAAAUGAAAGAAGUAUAAAAGAAAAACAUUCAAAAUGACUGUUUCAUUUUCAUGGUCUCCACAUUGAGGCAUAACUUUUUGAAAGAAGAGAUCAAGCUAGGACUUUUUUAGACUUAAAGGUAUAGUAGAGGAUGUUCUUUUUCCAGGUGGAUAAUCAAAAUAAUUGGUCCCCCUAAAUGUCAAUAAUUCUGAUAUGUUUAUGUAAGCCCAUCCUUUGUGCUCAUCCCCAUUUUUACUUACCGGUGGAGUGAAAAUGGGGAGAGUAAACUUGUAUUGUACCCACGGGGAGCAAAAAGCAGUGAUCAUCUAUCCGAACGGUAAAGUAAGUUCACUGUGCUCGUAUAAAUCUAAAGUCUCCUAUAUAUAAAGUCUACUAUAUAGUCCCCGCUCUAUAUAGUGACUGAGGGAUUUAUGGGUUAGGGUGGAUGUUCGUACACAUUAAGCUUGUAUAAGCGAUGCAAACAGAAACAUGCACUCUCCUAUGCAUUUAAUAGACGUUCCCUCGGGAGCGGGUACAUGGUUGUGCAUGUUUGUUUUUUUUUGUUUUUUUUUAAGUGGAGAGGAUGGGUCUUCUCAAAAAUUCACGAAAAUCCUCCACUAUACCUUUAAUUGGUUCAAAUAAGCAUAGUAGCUCAUUGUUCCAAACCUUUGAGCUUCAAAGUCUUGCCACAAAGUAAUAUCCAAAUUAGCCCAAAGACGUAUCUCUAGAUAGUAAUAUUGAUGAAACUGUCUCCACAACUGCCGAACCUUAAGCACAAUCCAAUCAGGGAUAUUGUCCUAAAAUAAGAUAAAAUAUUGUUUGAUGUAUCAUUGCUGACUUUUUGAGACAAAAAACUUGUCUUGAAAUGACAUUAUCUUUAGAUAACGGGACAAGAAAACCGAAGCUUGCCAUGGAACCUUAUGCUAUCUUAAGAUUUAUUUAUUAUACAGCUUUAUAAUGAGAAAAUUAGACCAAGAUCUUAAGCGUGUAAAACGCUGAUAUUAUCAUCUAAACAAAAGCCCAAGAUCUGAUCCUCUUAUGACAAGAUUAGUUCAUUUUAAUAAAAAAAAAAAAAAAUGAGCUAAAAUCCUGCUAUCUUGGGAUAGUGAGAUAAGAAAUUAGCUCUCGAAAUAAAUUAAGAUUGAGAUCUUGUUUUUUAUGAUAGCCUAAAUAUUUAGAUUAUAGCUAACAAAAUCAUUUUAUUUCAAGAUAAUGAGCCAUUAUAAUUGUAAAAUGUACGAGCAAGUUUGGGGUGUUAUCUCUUUAUUUGGCAAAGCAGUCAAGAGAAUUAGUCUUAAUCUAUCAAAUCUGUUAUGAGAGAAAAGCCUGAUCUAAAUGUCCCCACAAAGUUAGCCAUGAAACCUUCAUGAAAACAGUAAAAGCUUGAUCUCUUUAUAUUUGAUUUGAAUAAUUAAACUAAUGAGAACUAUGUAAACUUGUUACCUUGAGAUCAUGGCAAAAACAAAACACAGUGGUAAGAUUUUUUUAAGGAACUAAAUGGAAACUCACUAAAAUGUCUGCUUCCUUACAGUUUUAUGCCUGUUAUGUGUGACUCUGGUUUAGAUGUUGAAAUGGGUUUAAGUGUUUUAGAACUAAUACUCAAUCCAAAACACUACAGAACAUUUUCUAUACAUGCUAUACAAAUUGUUGUACUUCCAUGUGAUAAAUGGAGCAAAAAAGAGAAAUCAAGUGAAUGUGGAAGUUUGAAACAAAUAUGUGGGAACCCUAUGCUUAACUUGCACACCGUGAUCAUGUUGGAUUAUGUGUCUCGUCAUCCUGUUGGAAAUGUUCUUUAAGCUGUGACUUCACGGUCUCCCUAUUUUCAUCCCAUCCGGAUUGAUUGAUUGAUAACUUCCCUGAAGGAUGAAGGUUCGUGAUGAAAGGGAGAAACUUCACUGUUUAGAAUAAAACUAACAGAAAGCACUUGUUGAUUUUGAGUUUCUGACAAUCCUGCGUAGGUCAUCAGCUACCCUGUACAUAAUGUUUGAAGAUUUUAAAAAAGAAAAAGUAAAAAAAAAAAAAAAAGACCAACAUUUGAUGUUGUUAUAACAAGUUGAUGAGUCAGAGUGGAAAAGCUGAAGUUUACAAGUCUUCAUUUAGAGUCUAAUGAAGGAUAACGCAUAGAGAAUUAUAUUAUGUCUAACAGUAGUGUGAAAUUGCAGUUGUGUACUAGAUACUUUAUAUUAAAUGUGCAUCAGAUUCAUAUAGAAAUGGAAAUUAUUUAAGAAGAUGAUAAUUCAGCUAUUUAUUUCUAUAUAAAAAGAGCGCUGUGUACAGUAUAAUGUUGGCAUGUUUGUGUUCAUGCAUCAAUCAUUGAGUUGCCUUUUUAACUGUACUGCUACUGUGGCAAAAAAACAAAACAAAAAAAAAUGGCUAUUAGAUGUUUAAAGAGCUUUGAUUGCCUGCAGGUUAAUAAUAUUCUUCAUUUGAUCCUGUCUGUUGUUGCACUAUAGAUAAAAAAAAGAACUAUUUCAGAUGUUUAUUAUAAGAGUGUUUUUAAUGUUUUCGGGUAUUUAAAAAAAUGCACUUUUCUUUCUUGAACACUUAUUUUUUUGGCCUUUUUGGUCAUCUCGAUGGACAUAUGUUUUUGGGAUGUUGGUUUCUUGAUUAUUGGAAUAACAGUAAUAAUUUGCAUAUUCUUCAAAAGAACAGGCAACAUCUCCCCACAUCUCUGUGGACUACAUUUAAGUGCUUUUUAGGUUGCCAGUAUGACCUUAUAUUUGUAUUUGUUGCCAUUCUUGUUUGACUUCUGUCCCGUAAAUGUCAUAUUCAGAAGGACAGUAUACUCUCUUUUUUGUGAAUACAGACUCACUCCGGAUGCGGUGGGGCCUGUAGGCCCUAAAAGCAUAAAGGCCAGUCACUCUGGGAAAAAAAAAAAUGUAUUUUUGGCUUCCAUCUCUAAUGUCUUGCCUUUCUCAUUCAAAGUCUGAAGCAUCAUCUUUAUCUUUUCGUUUACUAAACUGUCCUCUGUUACCAGUUUUAUCAUGCUGUGCAAUAGAAAAAACUGUGUGUGUGCUAAUGUGCCCAUGUAUAUAUUUUAUGUAUGAAUGAUUGUACUCUGCCCAUUCAUCUAAGUGUGUUUUACACAUUAUACCUCAACAUUUAACAGGGCAAUUAUUAAUGAUUCAUUUUUUUCCAGAUAUUUAGUUUGUUUCUUACUGCCAUCAAUAGGUUAUUCAUUCAAGUUCCUGCUACAACAUGAAUUCUGUUGAUGAAAACAAAAAAACUUUCCCAAAAAGAUCGAAAGCCUUCUACGAUGACUGCAAUAG